AUGGCUUCGCCCGCCGUGGCCACCCCCCAGCUCAACGGCGUCGCAGCAUUGUCGCGUCCAGACUCGCCCACUUCCGUCAAUUCCUCCACCAAGAGAAAGCGCGAUCCCAGCGACGACGGUGAGCCCGGGCCAAACUCCGACGAGCCCGCCAAGCCCCCCAUCAAUGGUCUGCGCACUUCCCCGGAUAAUAGGUCGCUCGUCCGCGAUUUUUUUGAUGUUUUAAAUAGCCAUGAUCCCAGCGAACAAAGUAUCCUCAGGCGUCCGCUCCCCGACUCCCUUCCAGAUGGCGAGCCUUCCGCGAAGCGGGCCAAGUCGGAAGAGAACAGCAAGCCUACCACCGUUGCCGAUAAGCUGAUGCAAGACGCUUACAAUGUUCUGGACGAUCUGGUUUCCGACGUCGUGCGAGCCGCGAAUGCACGUGUCAAGGAAUUAGAGAAUGCAGGCUCGUCGGAUAACGAGGCUGCCAUUGCAGAGACGGUUGCAUUCAGGAACAAGACGCUCGAACUCUACAGACGGGAAUUGGCCUACCCGAAUGUUCCCCGGUCAUUACCGGUGAGAACCUCGUCAAUCGAGGCGCAGUUUACAAGUCCGGGAAAUCUGGUCCUGACGGCGGUCGGCCCGGCCCCGACUCCGAGGCCGCUCUUCACCAGCCUACAAAGGGGUCCCACACCCGACGGAAUCGUCAAAUCUGUUGCUGAAGGCACCCUGCCCGAUGGUGUCACUGUGACCAGAGUUUUGUCAGAAACACCUGCCGGCGACAAAGCUUCCCGUUCCCUCACUCUGGGGGAGCUUUUCCCUUCUCCCCGGAAUCUGCCCCCUCUACAACCCCCGAAGGCGCCCAAGAACACAACCAAGAGCAACGUGCUGUCUUUUUAUCACCCGGAGCUGACCGAAAAAUCAAAAUACCGGACCGGUACUUAUUUCUCCCAGACGCUCUCAGCAGGCCACUGGCUAGACUACACAAACGCCACGCCCACCAUCCAUGCCAAGACAAAGCAGCGGGAGCGGGCUCAGAGUUUGGCGGGGCACAAGCCGUCCUCAACCGAGCUCGAGAUGUCCGAGAUGGAAGCUCUCUUCCGAGGAGCGUUUUCCAGCUUUGCGCCGUGCAAAGACGAUACAGCUGCCAUUGUACCUUCAGGCCAGGUCAGCCGUAUCUGGUGGCAACGCGUCGGUCGCCGGAAUUUUGCAAAAUUGGUCGAUUCGGACGCGGCCGAUGAGGAGAAUGAGAAUGCGCCUUCUGCGGACUCAGCGGUAGCCAUGGAGAUUGACGAAGACCGCGUAAAGGAGGCCAUCGAGAAUUGGGACGAAACUGCCAUCGACCCAAGCCUGGACCAUGCGCUGGGCAAGAAAUCUGACCACGACAAGGAGGUGGAUGACCUCUUGGAGGAGGUGUCUGAUCUCAUAGAAACAUUGGCAUCCUAUCAACGAAACAGGAACCUCACUUUGCCUACUAGCCAGGACCGUUAUUCAGCCGAUCCGGUGAAUGGCGAUAUGCUUCGCAACGGCAGUCUCUCACACCAGCCGAGCGAAGAAGAGAUGAUGACCUACCAAACUCUGAAGGCUCAGCUGGCUCUGAUUAUACAAACACUGCCUCCUUACGCCGUCGCCAGGCUCAACUCGGACAAGCUCGAGGAACUAGCGGUCAGCACCAAGAUUGAGGUACGCUCUGACGAAUACCGGGGUGUCAUGGAAGAGGACGAACCGGCGCGCCUUGCUCGGCAAGCCGCUCAGGCAGCGGCAAGCUCGAACCAACGUCAGCAGCACAGGACACCCAGCGUCUCGGCUGGCGGGCCCUACGCUCAUGCGCAGUAUCAGCAGCAGUUCGCGCCAUCGGCCCGGCCGAUUGCGAACGCCCAGCACUUCCCACAGACACCAGUCCGGCCGCAGGCACCGAAUAUGUAUUCACGGGCGCCAUCCACCGUGCCGAUUCCGCAGCCCCAUCUUCAACAGGUUCAGCCCCGGGCGCCUCCAACCCAGUACAGACAGCAGGUGUAUGCACCGCAGCUGGCUAAAGCCCAGGGCCCUUAUGGACACUCCAACAUGCCGCAACAGUAUGUGGCUAGUCCCACGCAACAACGGAUGCCCCAGCAUCCCAACUACAAUAUCGGGCAGCAGCCUGGCAAUGCAAACCACCGGUACCCGCAGGGUUACCCGCCCGCUGGCUACCAACAGCACCAGCCAAUCCAUCCCCAGCACGCCGGGACACAUGCAGCAUUCCCCACACCUUCCGCACUCACCCCACAAUCCCCCGCAUCAACCCCAGCCCACGCAGCAAACCCCAUGUUCGCGUACACCAACGGCGGGCAGAUGCCACGGACCAUGUCACCGCAGGUUCCACAAGCGCAUCCGUACGGCCAAUCGCCGACACCGCCUCAGCAGGCCCAGCAAAUGGCGCGCCCACCGUAUGGGAGUCCCGGCGCAGGGAUGCCGCCCAACGCGGUGCAACGCCAGUACGGGCCCGGGUCUCCGGGAAUGAUGGCUGGCGGUAACAGGCCGCCGUCCAACCUCACGGGUUUCGCGACGGUGAUGCCCGAGGUACAGCAGCGGCAGGUCAUGGAGCAGGCACGGGCGCGGGCCGACGCUGAGCAGAGAGCUAGCAGUCACCUCCCUGCUAAGCCUCCGCAAGGCGAGGUGGUUGGCCUGGCGGGCCUUGGACUCUCGGGACAGAUGGAUGUCCAUAAGGUCGCCGCCGCCAAUGCCAAGAUACAAAAUACCAGCAGCAGUGGCAAUGGCGGCUUCUCGCCUGGCCCGAAGCCCUCGCCUAUGCAUGGCGGGCCGAGCCCCGUCAAUGGAACGCCAGCCGGCGCAACAGCCAGUCCCAUGCCGCCAACACAAGGCGCGGCAAAUCCUGCUCCGGUGGCGCCUAUAUCAUAG